AUGGCGUCUUCUCGUCCCGAAACGGGAAAACCGGCCAACGCUGUAGACUACGUCGAAGAUCCUAAUGAAGAUGGAGUGAAGAAGGGUGAUGCCACUGUUGACGCGGCACUCCGAGGACAGGCCGUCUCGGGUUAUGAAUCCCUUACCGUCUGGGAGACUGCGAAAGUCUUCAAAGUGGCGACAUCGUCGUGCUUCGCAGCUGCCUUUGCUGCUGCUACCGAUGGUUACCAAAUCGGAAUGAACGCCGGCAUUGUGGCGAACAAGGGUUUCGUCCGUCAGUUCGCAACGCUCACCGACGCCACUGGAAAGCCAUACCUCGACUCCCCCAUCCUCUCGGGAUGGAGCUCCAUCAUGUCCGUGGGCCAAGUCAUCGGUAUGACCACGAUCCCGUUCAUAUCCUCCCGUUUCGGCCGGAAGAUCGCCAUGUUCACCACGUGGUUCAUCCUCGCAAUGAGCGUAAUGGUCGAGAGCAUCGCUCGCGCCUGGCCCGUCUGGCUCGUCGGAAAGCUGCUGGCCGGUAUCGGCGUGGGAUGUCUGCAGUCGACGCUCCCAAUCUACAUCGCCGAAGUGGCCCCCGUGCGAAUCCGCGGCGGAUUGCUGAUGUGUUACUCCUUCUGGUGGACCGUCGGUACCUUUUUCGCUCACGUCGCGCUGCAGAGCCUGAACAAGAAUGACCCGUACAACUACCUGAACCCCAUCUACACGCAGUGGGCGCAGAUUGGGCUCAUGCUGGUCAUUUUCGUCUUCCUGCCCGAGUCGCCGGCUUGGUGCGUGACCAGGAACGACGAGCAGAGGGCGAAGAAGUGCAUGGCUUGGCUGAAUCGCGGCGUCGAAGGGUUCAACCUCGACCAGCAGUACACGGCGCUCCUGAUGACGGUCGAGCACGAGAAGGCUGUUGCGGCGGAGCAGAAGCGGGAGAAGUGGUACGCCAUCUUCCAGGGUACCGACGGACUGCGCACGCUCGUUUCGCUGUGGACGAACUUGUCGCAGCAGUUCAUCGGUCUCACCCUCUUCGCCACUUUCGGCACGUACUUUUUCCAACAAGCUGGCCUCCAAGACCCGUUCUUGAUCAAGGCUAUCACGUCGUCGAUCAACAUCGCGACUAUCAUCGUCACGAUUCUUGUAGCUGACAAGCUGGGAAGAAGGUGGAUUGGUUGCGGCGGUAUCAGCGUUUGUUGGGCGGCGUGCGUGAUCAUUGGCAUUCUGGGCGUCAUCAAGGAGACCAAGGCCACGACGUAUGUCUUUGUGCUUUUUGCAUGCUUCUGGAACAUCGGCAUGACGGCCAGCGGCGCCGCCGGUUGGGGCUUCAUUGGCGAAAUCUCGUCGCAGCGCCUCCGACCUUAUACCGCCGGUUUUGCGGCCGCUUGCACGGCGGUCAUCGGCAUCGUGAUGAACGUCCUGGUUCCGUACAUGGUCAACGCGAACAAGUGGAACUGGGGGUUGAAGACGGGCUGGUUCUACGCUGGCGUUGGCCUUCCAUUCACCAUCGGAAUGUGGCUUCUCAUCCCGGAUACUGCUGGGCGCUCUGCUGCCGAGUUGGAUGAGUUAUUCGAGCGGAAGAUUAAGCCGUGGCAGUUUCACAAGACACAGACAGCUACGCAGAACUUGGUCAAUAUGCAGAGGUUGGAUCAGUAG